GCUCCUGUCUGCCCCUACGUCACGAUCAUGAUUAGAAUUGAUGAUCGGACGUUUUGAUUUCAUUGUCUGGCGGAGGGGACCAGUGAAAAAUCUGCUGAAUUCGGGGCGGCCGGUCGAUUUGUCAACCAAAAAACAAAAGAAUCGGUUUGGACAGUAAGUCAACUGAACGCAUCCAAAAGUCAGGCCAUGCCACAUGGUGAGAAAGCCCCCAUAACAUCACCCCCACAGUGUCAUUUACAUCAUGAGACCGUGGCAAAUUGUAGCUAAACUUUCCCAAGUUUGAAAAGAAGACGAAACCAAGGAAGUAAAAGGUGGCGGUUUUGUGAUCUGCGUGCUGGAUGGCUUGCCGGAGUGCUUGCUUACAGUGGCAGCGCUUCAGUGCUGCAUGUUAGGGGUCAUUUAGUUAAGUUGCCAAGCCGGGGUCUCCUGGAUCUGAGCCUCAUCUCACCCACCAGAAGCAUGGAAACAUGGCAGGAGAAGCGGAGCAUUCAGACUAUGAAUCUGCGAUCGGUGUUCACUGCGGAGCAGCAGCGCAUCCUUGAGCGCUAUUAUGACAAUGGCAUGACAAACCAGAGCAAAAGCUGCUUCCAGCUCAUUCUACAGUGCGCCCAGGAGACCAAGCUGGACUUCAGUGUGGUCAGGACAUGGGUAGGCAACAAGCGACGGAAGUUGGCCUCCAAGGUAGAUAAGAACGGAGUGGUCAGUCUCCCCAGCCUUCCCCUGGCCGGUCCUGCUGGGGCUCUUGUUGCCGGGUCAGUAUUACCAGCAGAGCUGGCUGCUGUGCGAGCUGUGCAGCGUGGUCCAGCAGUAGCUCACCUUCUCCCACCUCCAGCAUCCUGCCCUUCCACCUCCUCCUCACCCUCCUCCUGCUCCCCACUCAGCAGCGGCAGUGGGACCAACAAUAAUAAUAAUGACGUGAUUGUGACUGGCACGUACUCACUACUGCGAAACAUCAACCGCAUGGACUCUUCCUCUCAAAGCAGGGCGGGGCCUAAACCUGUACCUGUACCUGUACCGUCUGAUCUUGAGCCGAGUCCUCACGCUCGUCCGGCGCUGCAUCCAGACCCUGUAUCCCUUCACUCCGCUGCUGUAGCCCUCCAGCGAAAAGCUCCACCACACAUCCCUACCUCGAGUGCCCUGAUGUUGAACCAGAUGAGGAGGACUUUCUCACCACGAGAACCAGUGGCGAUCCCUCCCAACUGGGCAAAGCAAUAUGCAACUCCCCAGAACCAAUCAUGGCCAAGCGUUUCACAGCAACAGCCCCUGCAGGUACGCCAGAGUCCCCCGGUCACUACGCCAGAGAGCGGGAUCAGGAUCCAGCAGGUCUACACCAUUGCUGGAUUAGGGGAAUCCUCGCAGCGACCCAAUCCUGGAACUAGCCACGAUCGAAGUUUAAGAAAGCCCCGCCCACCCGAAACACCACCCGAGUCUUUUUCCAUCGCGAUGGAGACCGGAGACGUAGACGACGAAUACUCAAGGGAGGAGGAGCUAGCUAACAUGGGAGCCCAGAUCCAGCUAAGCAAGUCCACCAGUAGCAGUGCUGGCACUGUCGAAUCAGGCAACAGGAACUCAACAAGCAGCUCGACGUCCUUGAUUGACAGUCGUGGUAUGUACACUGUGACCGCAAAGAGCCAAUCAUCUGCGCCGCUCACCUCGCCUAACUCCACCCUGUUCGGAGAAAAAGGGUGCCAAACUAACAGUUCCUUACUACUCGGUACGGCCUCCCGAGACGGAUAUCCCUUCCGGCUCUUCUCUCAGACCUCGCCAUCAAGAUUACCCAGCCUCAAGGUAAGUAGCAUGUCCGCUCCAUGGCUUCUUAGCAACUCCCGUAAAAGAACGCUCCAGGAUAGAACCCAGUUUAGUGAUGGAGAUCUGUACGCACUGAAGAGGUACUGGGACAACGGCAUGACCAGUCUGGGAUCAGUCUGCAGAGAGAAGAUCUCAGCAGCAGCAACUGAGCUUAAUGUGGACAGUGAAAUCGUUAAAACUUGGAUCGGUAACCGCAGGAGGAAGUAUCGACUGAUGGGUAUUGAAAUUCCACCUCCCAAAGGAGGCCCUGCGACCUUUCCUAAAGUAGCCAGUGCAGAUCCGCCGUCCCCUCUGACCCCCGAUGAGGAGGAUCCUGGGAAUGUGAAGCCUGGAGACGACAGCGAGCAGAAUGAUGUUGUGUCACUCUGUCUGUCUGAAGAUGGAGCGAGCGAUUCUUACCUCAGAGAGAAUGAUAAUGGGAUUGAUGGCUUGAAUAGUUCCACCCUUGCUGAAAAUGUGAAGAUUGAAAUAAUUGAUGACGAAGACGAUGAGGACGAUGAUGGCGUGUUGAUGGCCACCGAUAUGGAACAAAUGCAUAGUCUUUUAGAGUUCAAACAUGAAGAAGUUCAGUUCCUGGAGAGCGAGCUAGAGAACCAAAAACAGAAGUAUUACGAGCUGAGGACCUUUACCAAAAGCCUACUGACAGCAAUGAGAAACAAUGACACUGAGAAACAGCAGGAACUGUUAGCAAGCCUACCUCAACAAGUGGAAGAAGACUUGGGUCUGAGUCUGGAGAUGGACGCGUGUGAGUCCAGCGUGGAAAUGACCUCAAACCAGAAGGAUUCCUCUGUAUCAGAGGGGGAGGGGGACUCAGAGCCGUUGUGACUGUAAUCCCAAGGACUAGUCCCUCCUCUCCUGUUCUCACACACUCCACACCGUGCCUGUGGAAACCUACCAGUAAUAACGGACCUGCCGCGGCCUUUUUUACUGCAUAUCAGACUGUGUUGUUGGGUGGAUUCAGACCUACAUCAAUAAAGGACACUAACUUGAA